UUUUGCAAAAUGGACGAAAAAGGAGGAAAAGUUGAGGCUGAUACACAAAUUGAGGUACAACCGGAGCGAGAGGAAAAAGAUUCUCUGUUCUCUGACGAGGAUGAGGAAGAAAAAGUUGUGGAGGUCACCACGCCCGUUGAGGCGGAAGAAGUGAUCACAGCAGAAUAUGCGGAAGAAGUAAUGGCGAAGUUGGUGCGUAUAGUAAAAGAUUUAACGAUGUUGUACGAUUUGAGAGAAAGCGACUGGACGGAAGACACCGAAAAAGCUAUUCAAGAGUUUUUUACCGACUUAACUAUCCCGAUUUUAGUCGUUUAUUUUGAUCACGAUACAUUAAUCGUGUCCAAAACUUUUCCUACAUGUUGCAUUGUAGAUUUGAUGUAUUUUAUUAGAGGGCCAAACGAAAAAUUUGAGCUUUCUACUAUUCACGACUGUAUAAUGUUUGGAAAUGCACACCGCGAUGUCGAAGGGACAAUCUUAAAUAUUUUGGAAAGCAUAUACGCUCCUAUACUUUUUAGUGUUACCACUUGGCCCGACAGUGUCAAAAACGAUAUCUGCACCGCGACAUACAAUUUUCUGCAGACUGUAACGGACCUUCAUCAUCGUCUCUACGGCCUUACCGUUAUCUAUAUUCCCCAAGAAUGCGUUAACGUCUCCGUCGUGCAAGCGAGCAAAGAUAAAGAGUUAAUCAAGAGAUUGGAAGGCGUUGUGGUUUACUGGACGCGUCAAAUACGAGUCUGUCUGCAGGACCAAGACCAAAACACUCCACAAGAUCUACUUUGUCCGAUAGACGAGUACGAAUUCUGGGUCUACAGACACGAGAAUCUCUCGGGAUUGAGUUACCAGAUGAAAAAUCCAAAUUUAAUGCACGUGUGCGAUAUUUUGAGUUACGUCCAAUCGACUCACGUGACUCAAUUCAUGAUUUUAAUCGAAGACAUACAUCACAGUUUGCGAGAGGCGAAAUCAAAUAUAGAGUACUUACAAGUGAUCACGCAGCCAUGCGCCGAUUUGAUGGAAAAGCAAUCGCCUGCUGAAAUACCUCGGAACUUAGUGGAAAUUCUAAAUCUGUUUCGGUUCAUCUGGGAGCAGAGUCCCUUUUACAAUUCCAGACGAAAGAUCACCGCUCUGUGUAGGGCGUUAAGUAACCAAAUUAUACUUCAGUGUAAGAAAUUUACCAACCUGGACGUUGUAUUUAAGGAGAAACAUAGCAGAGCUGCGAUAAUUAUGUUUCAAACUUGCAUUGACUGCUGCGUGGAGUACACUAGAAUUUAUACUGCAGUUUCCGAAACCCACAUUAAAUACAGUCAGACACAUUGGAACCUGGACAAGGCCCCUAUUUUUAACCACAUCGACACAUUUAUUCAACGCUGCAAGGACAUGAUAGAAAUAUGCGAAGCUAUGAUCACCUUCGGAAGGUUCGACGAGAAGGAAUCGAUUCCAAUUCCGAGACUUGGCGGUACACGCGGCGUAGAGUUUGAAACUUGGUGCGUUAGAAUCGAGAAUAUGUUUCAGGAGAGCUUAAAUUACAUUGAGGAGCAGCGAGAGACCAUACUGGACGUGCAAGAUUCGUCUUGGAACGACAAGAUAUUGAAAUUCCGCGCGCGAAUGGAAGUAAUCGAAACUGUAAUAGAAAACCUCGUCAAUGCAAUUUUCAAGGAGGUCGUCACGGUCGAGGAUGGCAUCGAGGCGUUGGCCGCGCUUUACAAUUAUUCUACGCGAAAGAGUCUGAAGAACGUUUUUGAUUUCCAAACUCGUUUCAUUUACUCCCUAUUCUUGGGCGAAAUUAACGAUUGCAAACAGGAACUGGUUAAACAAAACGAAGAGUAUCCGGCUCAGUUCCCCUACUACGCCGGAAGGGCUAUGAUCGCCAGUUUGAAGCGGAACCGUUUAGAGAUUCUGAAGAAAACCGUAGAAAACGCCUCCUGGUUGCGAGACUGCAGUAUUGCCGAGGACACCUGGGCGCAGUACGCCCAUGUUUUAGUUUCGAUCGAGAAUAUAAUUCGUAAUUUGUAUCAGAAGUGGAUCACUAGUGUCGGAACUGAGUCGAACGAGCGACUAAACAGGUCGUUAAUGAAACGAAGUACAAGUAAGAUGGGGUUAUUGGAAUGCAACAUUGACAGGUCUCUUUUGGAACUGCUGCACGAGGCAAAAUACUGGGAGGCGUUGAAGUUUGAGCUUCCUGGCUAUCUCGGCUCGAUAUGCCAAAAGGGCAACCAACUGAAGCUUAUAUUUGAGAAGGUGCUUGCUGUGGUCAUGGACUACAACAAAAUUAUUGCAUCGUUGUCAGGCGAGGAACGCUUGCUUUUUCGACAGCUCAUCAACGACGUAGAAAAGAAGAUUGUUCCGGGACUGUCCAAGUUGACGUGGGCGACCGAUGUUGGCGACGCUUACGUGGCCGAAUGUUGCACUGCUACAGCGGAGCUGCAGGACUUCUUGGACGAUUAUAAAACGUGCAACCUCCAAAUAGUGCAGGUUUGCGAAAGAAUAUGCGGCACCUCCCUAAUACAGCUGGAGGAGAAUCACGCCUACGACCUAAUUGAACUGAUCCACUAUCUGGGCAAAUACAGAAACGAUAUAAUCGAUAAACUGAUCGAGGAUUAUCGAGAAAUAAUUCAGUACCUCAUUGUUGUCUAUGAAGGAUUUGAAAGCCGCAUACAGCUGAUGGGAGAAGAGUGGAUAAAGUACGUUCUUAAUUUUGACAGAUUGAUCGAGGAGGCUUUAACAGUGUGUGUGAAGAACUCUCUACUUGUGAUGUAUGAAGCAUUACACGGGGAUGGUAGCACGCUACCGUCACCAAUCCUGAAGUUAGAGGCGAACUUGAAACGCAAUAGGAUUAAUUUUGAACCGUCUCUCGCGGACGUUGGCUACGUUAUCUCGGAUACUUUGCCAAGUAUCACAAACACUCUCAAAUCGCUACCUAGAUUGGCAGACAAAUUCGGUAUACAAGUCGCAUCUCUGCGACCGUUCCAUAAAAUAAUCAGCGAGGAUCAAGAAUGCCAAAAACUGCAGAAUUUGUUAAACGAGGAAGUUACCGUGAACGUAAGGCACAUGCACACGUAUCUGGCAAUCUGGGAGCCCUUCCGAGACAUGUGGGAGGUUGACAAAGAGCGUUUUAUGGCGCGCUACGAACAACAAAAACCGAGCGCCGCGCAAUUCGAUUCAAACAUAGGUCGCUAUACCGAGGUGGCUAACAACGUUCAGAUCCAAGAGUCCGUCAGCAAUGUGCACUUCAUCGUCGUCAAUUCCGUCGAGUUGAAAAAGUCGAUCAUCGAUCACUGCAUCGACUGGCAAAACAACCUUUGCGCCCUGUUACACAAACUCACCGUCGAAAAAGUUCGGCACGUCUACGCCUACAUCCACACUAACAGCGAGGUUGUAAUGCGCCAACCACGCAAUCUGGAGGAGAUGGCGGACGCGUUAAUCUUUUUCAACACGGUAGUAGCCGAGGCCGAAUUCUUCUCCGAUCAGUUCCCCUCGAUCACCGACCAAAUUAUCACUCUUGACAAAUACAAGGUGGACGUGGGCGACGAGAUUCGUAACCUGGAAAAGGGUCUGCCGGCGACCUGGGUGAAAUACUUAGAGACGCUUGAAGCGUCGGAGAAACUUCUCAGUUACACAAAGGACGAGUUGAAGGGCGGUCUGCUGGAAAACGCGGAAAAGCUACGGCACGACUGCGCGGGGCUGAUGGACGAGUUUUUGCACAGCGGCCCGUUUUCAGCGACUGUAAACGCAAAAGACGCACUGGCCUACUUGGCUAACGUUAAGGAUAGUAUCAAUGGGAUUCGGCAAAAGGAAGAGGAACUGAGGCGUGACCUGAAGAUUUUCGAUUUAAGUUUGCCAGAAUCACUAGAAUUGCAGGCGCUGGAAACGGAGCUGGCCACAAUUGAAUUAGUGUGGCAACUGACGGACGAUUGGGAUACCGCUUGGAACGGUUGGAAAAGCGGCGGAUUUUGGGAUAUCAGAACUGAAGAUAUGGAAGAUAUCGCCCAAACUUUAUUUAGGAAACUCACGCGCUUGUCUCGGGAGUUGAAAGAAAGAAAUUGGGAUAUUGUUGACCAUACGAGAGCACGAGUCGACGCCUUUAGGCGCACGCUUCCUCUAAUAUCCGACCUAAAAAAUCCGGCGAUGCGUGAAAGGCAUUGGGAUAGAGUAAGAGCGGCAAUAAACAGAGACUUCGACGAAAAUUCGCCCGAAUUUAAUUUGGAGGCGAUAAUCGCCAUGGACAUGCAGAUUUACAGUGACGAGAUUAAUGAGAUAUCUAACGCGGCCACCAUGGAAUUGCAAAUCGAGAAAGGUUUAGAGAAUAUCAAGUCUUUGUGGGACGCGAUGUUCUUUGAGAUGGUACCGCAUAAAGAAGGAGGAGUGUUUCGAAUUAAAUCAGUCGAGGAGUGCUUUCAAGCUUUGGAGGAGAAUAUGAUGCAAUUAUCCACGAUGAAAAGCACCCGUUACGUUGAACCAUUCGCGAAGGAUGUAGACUACUGGGAGAGAACUUUGUCUUACAUCAUGGAAACGGUGGAGGUGGCACUCGUCGUGCAAAGGCAAUGGCUUUACCUCGAAAACAUCUUUGGAGGCGAAGAUAUUCGCAAGCAACUGCCGAAAGAAAGCAACGACUUUGAAAAACUAACUAGAGAUUGGAUCGAAAUCACAAGGUCCAUGUACCAGUCGGGAACGGCACUGAGGGCAACCCAUAUUCAACCACCUCCGUCACUACUGAAUAGGCUCAACGGCAUGAAUGAUCAACUGGAAUUGAUACAACGCGCACUUGAACGCUACCUGGAGACCAAAAGGCACAUUUUCCCUCGAUUUUAUUUCAUUUCAAAUGACGACAUGCUGGAAAUUCUGGGAAACUCGAAGAAACCCGAGUCGAUACAACCCCACUUUAAGAAGUUAUUCGAUAAUAUUAACAAAAUCAAAAUACAAAAAAAUUCGAUUUUGAACAAAAUAGAGUCGAUCGGAAUGAUAUCCGAGGAUGGCGAAUACAUGGAAUACACAAAGUCCGUUUUACUCGACGGUCCCGUAGAGUUCUGGUUAUGCGAUAUCGAAACGGCGAUGAGAGGAGUAUUGCGCGCGCAGUUUAAACCUUGCCGGACUGACCUGAAGAAAAAUUUAAAUACGAGAGAUAAGUGGUUACUUUCGAACUGCGGUCAGCUGUGCAAUGCCUGCAGUCAGAUUCAAUGGACGACCGAUUGUACGAGGGCGCUAGUUCACUGCAAAAUAAUGGAAAACAAGAAACCUUUGAAAAAGUUGCGCAAGAAGCAGAACCAGGUGCUCGGUAAACUGUCCGAGCUUAGUAGGCGAGAGUUGCCAAAAAUUCAACGGCUGAAAACGAACGCGUUAAUAACAAUUGAGAUUCAUUCUCGUGACGUCAUUGACAGAAUGUAUAAAGCAAAUUGCAGAGACGUGGGAGACUUUGAGUGGUUUUCUCAGUUGCGCUUUUACUGGGACAGGGAAUUGGACGAUUGCUUAAUUCGACAGACCAAUACGCACUUUAUGUACGGUUACGAAUACAAUGGUAACUCGGGGCGUUUGGUGAUCACUCCACUGACCGACAGGUGUUACAUUACGCUGACGACCGCUUUGCAUCUGUUUCGGGGCGGUAGCCCGAAAGGGCCCGCGGGAACUGGUAAAACGGAAACGGUUAAAGAUCUGGGCAAGGCGAUGGGCAUGUGGGUGAUUGUCAAUAACUGCUCGGAAGGUUUAGACUACAAAAGUAUGGGAAAAUGUUUUUCCGGUUUGGCGCAGACUGGAGCUUGGGGUUGUUUUGACGAAUUCAACCGAAUCAACAUUGAGGUGCUUUCCGUGGUGGCGCAACAGAUUUUGUCCAUCCUGCAAGCGAUUUCACAAACGCAAACCUCCUUGGUUUUUGAAGGUAUCGAAAUCAAGCUGAAGCGCACUUGUGGAAUUUUCAUUACAAUGAAUCCAGGAUACGCCGGACGAACCGAGCUGCCCGACAAUUUAAAAUCGAUGUUUCGUCCCAUAUCGAUGAUGGUGCCCGAUAAUUUGAUUAUCGCCGAAAAUACGCUCUUCAGCGAUGGAUUUCAAAACACAAAGUUGUUGGCGAAAAAGGUAUUCACCUUGUACCAAUUGGCUCAAAGACAACUGAGCAAGCAAGAUCAUUACGAUUUCGGCUUAAGAUCGAUGGUGGCUCUCCUGCGGUACGCCGGCCGUAAGCGCAGGGUGCACUCGGAUUUCCCCGAAGAACAAGUCGUCUAUCUGGCGAUGGCCGAUAUGAACAUCGCCAAAUUCACUUCGGACGAUCUCCCACUAUUUAACGGAAUUAUGUCCGACAUUUUCCCUGGAGUUUCCGUCCCCGUCGUGGAUUACGAAGAGAUGAACAACGCUAUUCGGACCGAAUUUACCCUAAUGGGCUUACAAAGCAUUAAAAAGGGAAUGGUCAAAGUUAUUCAGUUAUACGAGACGAAAAACUCUCGCCAUUCAACAAUGAUCCUUGGAAAAACGGGCACUGCGAAAUCGGCAACGUGGAAGUGUCUAAAGGCGUCGCUUAUUCGACUUAGAAAAGCUGGUAAACCGGGGUUUAAUUUGGUCCAAGAGUACCCCAUCAAUCCAAAGGCAUUGAGUCAGGGAGAAUUGUAUGGCGAAUAUAAUUUGCAGACGAACGAGUGGUUAGACGGCGUGAUAAGCGCCAUGAUGCGCCAAACAUGCUCAGAGGAGACUCCGGAUGAGAAGUGGAUUCUUUUUGACGGUCCCGUUGACGCAGUGUGGAUAGAGAAUAUGAACAGCGUAAUGGACGAUAACAAGGUGCUCACAUUGAUUAACAGUGAUCGCAUCACCAUGCCGGAGCAGGUGUCGUUACUCUUCGAAGUAGCGGAUCUGUCAGUGGCCUCACCAGCUACCGUUAGUCGGUGCGGUAUGGUCUACAAUGACUAUAAGGAUUGGGGAUGGCAACCUUACGUGAUGUCCUGGAUUCAAAAGCAGGAAAAGAGAGGAAAAUUAUUUCAGGACCUUAUGAAAACGUACUUCAACAACUACUUAGGAAUGGCGCUCGACUUCAAGCGACUGCAUUGUAAAGAAACAGUAAUUUGUUCCGAAUUGAACUUGGUGGGAUCCUUAUGUCGCUUGCUCGAAGUUUUUGCAACGAGUGAUAACGGUGUCGAUCCCAAAAAUGAAGAUACCUUCGAGGAAAUUGCCAAAUUGUGGUUUAUGUUUUGCUUAGUGUGGUCGGUUUGCGCCACCGUGAACGAGGACGGCCGAAGAAAACUGGACGCCUACAUACGCGAGAAGGAAGGCAUUUUCCCAUUGAAGGACACCGUUUAUGAGUACUUUGUCGAUGUUAGGAAAAAAUGUUUUUCAUCGUGGGAAGAAAAAUUGUCGGACAAUUGGCGAUAUUCUCCGGGGUCCCCCUUCUUCAAAAUCAUAGUGCCCACAGUUGACACUGUCAGAUACCGGUGCAUUGUUGAAACCUUACUCGCUGCCGGUUAUCCUUCUCUAUUAACGGGUCCUGUGGGGACCGGCAAAACAUCGACGGCACAAUCGGUGUUGUCCAGCUUAGAUCUUACACGAUUUUCAGUACUUAACGUGAACCUCUCUGCACAGACAUCUUCCAUUAACGUACAAGAUAUUAUCGAAAGUAGACUGGAAAAGAGGACAAAAACGACGUUCGUCCCGGCCGGAAACAAAAUAAUGGUCACGUUCUUCGAUGACUUUAAUAUGCCCGCAAAGGAGACCUACGGAUCGCAGCCACCCCUUGAGCUGUUACGUCAGUGGAUCGAUUACGGUUUUUGGUAUGAUAGAUUGAAACAAACACGAAAAUACGUUCAGAAUAUGCUACUAAUGGCCGGUAUGGGCCCACCGGGUGGCGGUCGUCAAAAUAUCUCCGAGCGAACCUUAAGCAGAUUUAACGUGAUCAAUAUGACAUUUCCUUCCGAAUCGCAAAUAAUUCGGAUAUUUGGUACCAUGCUCUUGCAGCAUCUGUCCAACUUUCCGGAAGAGGUAAAAGUUGCCGGCCAAGAAAUAACGUUCGCAACGGUCGACUUAUACAACAACGUCAUUGAGAAGAUGUUGCCCACGCCUGCGAAAAUGCACUAUCUCUUCAACCUGCGUGACAUAUCGAAGAUAUUUCAAGGCCUUCUAAGAAGUCACAAGGAUUACCAAAACACGAAGAACACAAUUCUUCGUCUCUGGAUCCAUGAGAGCUUCAGAGUCUUUUUUGAUCGCCUAAUUGACGAUAAGGAUCGCGAGUGGUUCUUCGCCCAAAUCAACGAUCAACUUGGAGCUCACUUCGAUCAGACAUUGCACUCUUUAUGCACCAAUAAGGCGAUACCGAUCUUUGGCGGAUUUAUUAACCCUUUCGGCAUAUACGAAGAUCUGUUGGACUACUCUAUUUUGCGUAACUACAUCGAAACCCAAAUGGGCGAGUACAACGUAUCACCUGGUGUGAUUCGCAUGGAUUUAGUACUGUUUCGAGACGCAAUUGAGCACAUAUGCAGAAUUGUGCGGGUCAUCUCACAACCGCGAGGAAACAUGCUGCUCGUUGGAAUCGGUGGUAGCGGACGCCAAUCGCUUUCCCGGAUUUCCUCUUACAUAUGCGAGUUGAACACCUUUCAGAUAACGGUUACGAAGAACUACAAGGUGGUCGAGUUUCGAGAGGACUUGAAAACCCUCUACUCCGCGACUGGCGUGGAUACAAAGCCGACGACCUUUCUGUUCAACGACACUCAAGUUACGGACGAGCAAUUUCUGGAGAUCAUCAAUAACAUGCUUAGCAGCGGAGAAGUCUCCAAUUUGUAUAAACCUGAUGAGUUUGAAGACGUGAAAAAUAAACUAACUGGCCCGGCGACUAAAGCGGGUGUGCUGCCCACCUCUGAAUCUUUAUAUAAUUUUUUAAUCGAGCGAGUGAGAGAGAACUUGCACAUCAUUCUGUGUAUGAGUCCUAUCGGGAACGCAUUCCGCGUACGAUUACGUCAGUAUCCGUCGUUGGUGAACUGUUCGACCAUUGACUGGUUUUGCGAUUGGCCCAAGGAGGCACUGUUGGAGGUCGCCCAGAAGUACAUAGGGAACGUUAACUUUGUCGCGACAAUUACUGGAGAAACACUUGAAAAACGGAAAGAAUCCGUGUUACUUUGCAGUCAAGACAGACUAAAGCAAUCGGUGGCUUUCGCUUUUGCUACGAUUCACGAUUCUGUGGCCCGCUGCUCUAAGAGAAUGGCGGAGGAGAUGAAGAGGCGCAAUUACGUCACCCCCACGAACUACUUGGAGCUAGUAGCCGGAUAUAAAAUCAUGCUCAGCGAUAAACGUGCGGAAAUCGCUAGCCAAGCAAAUAAGCUGCGCAACGGUCUGUGGAAGAUCGACGAUUGCAGAUCCAAAGUUGAAGUGAUGUCGCAAGAGUUGGAGGUCGCCCAAGUCAAGGUGGCCGAAUUUCAGCAGCAGUGUGACGAUUACCUGGUGAUCAUCGUUGCUCAGCGCAAAGAGGCGGACGAACAGGCUAAGGAAGUCGCGAUCACCAGCAUUAAGAUUGGAGAGGCCGAGGUGCAGUGCAAGAAACUAGCCGACCUGGCGCAAGCCGACUUGGAUGAGGCGAUGCCCGCCCUCGAGGAGGCCGUGCAAGCGCUUGAUGCCCUCAACAAAAAAGAUAUUACCGAAAUGAAAUCCUACGGUAAACCACCCGUUAAAGUAGAAAUGGUAAUGGAAGCCGUGAUGAUUUUGAAGCAGCUCGACCCGUCUUGGGCAGAAGCCAAGAAGCAAUUGGGAGAUCAAAACUUUCUAACGAAUCUGAGAGAGUUUGAUAAAAACAACAUAUCCGAAAAAACACUCAAGAAAAUUGCGACCUACACAUCCAACGAGGAAUUCGUGCCCGACAAGAUCGGUAUAGUUUCCUUAGCCGCGAAAUCCUUGUGCAUGUGGGUGAUCGCCAUCGAAAAAUAUGCGAAGGUCUGGAAAAUUGUAGCCCCAAAGAAGGCGAGGCUAGAUGAGGCGCUCGAGUCGCUGAAACAGCAACAGAAACUGUUGGCGGCGGCUCACGCCAAAUUGGCCGAAUUGAAUAUGAUGCUGGCGCGUCUUCAAAGAGAGUACGAGGAGAAGCUAUUGCAAAAAGAAGAACUGAACAAGAAGGCCGAAUUUUUAAGGUUGAAACUAGAACGCGCCGCAAUGCUCGUUGAGAAUUUAGCGGGCGAACGCGAAAGGUGGGACAGUACCGUUUUUACUCUCGAUACCCAGUUUGUUUAUUUGCCGGGCGACUGCUUACUAGCUACCGCUUUUAUAUCGUACCUAGGACCGUUUGUGUCUCAGUAUCGUGAUGGAUUAGUUGAAUUUUGGAAAGAUCAGGUGAUGGAGUUGGAGAUUGCAUUUGAUUCGGAGUUUAACGUAAGCAAAUUUCUCUGUGAUCCCACCACCAUUCGAGAAUGGAAUAUACAAGGUUUGCCAUCGCAUGCAUUUAGUACCGAAAAUGGUAUAAUAGUAACGCGCGGUACGAGAUGGCCUCUGGUGAUCGACCCCCAAAUCCAAGCGCAAAAGUGGAUAAAGGCGAUGGAGAGAAAGAAUGGCUUGAAGACGAUCGACUUCGGCAUGACCGAUUACAUGAAGGUCCUCGAAGCGGCGAUUCAAAACGGCAAGCCAGUCAUUCUUCAAAACAUUCUGGAAGAAAUGGAUCCGUCCUUAAAUCCAGUCCUGAACAAGGACAUUAUCAAGCAGGGUGGAACCGAGUAUAUCAAGUUCGACGAAAAACUCAUCACGUACAAUCGCAAUUUUAAGUUCUUUAUCACCACUAAGUUAACCAACCCUCAUUACCCCCCGGAAAUAUCAACCAAAACCACCUUGGUGAAUUUUGCCGUAAAGCAGCAGGGAUUAGAGGCGCAACUUCUUGGCGUCGUGAUACGAAAGGAACGUCCCCAGCUGGAGGAGCAAAAGGACAAGAUGGUAACGACUAUAGCCCAGGGCAAGCGUACUUUGAUCAAUCUUGAGAAUGAGCUACUGAGGUUAUUGAACGAGUCAAAGGGGUCACUUUUGGAAAACGCCGAGUUGUUUAACACGCUGCAGGUGUCGAAGGCGACGUCGAUGGCGGUGCAGAAAAGUUUAGAGGUAUCCGAGGUGACAGAAAUUCAAAUUGACAUCGCUAGGGAGGGAUACCGUCCGUGUGCCGAAAGGGCUUCCAUUUUGUUUUUUGUUUUGAGCGACAUGGGAAAGAUUGAUCCAAUGUAUCAGUUCGCCUUGGACUCUUACAUUUUACUUUUCGCACAGUCCAUCGACAAGAGUACCAAAUCGAACCAUUUACCCGAUCGGAUCGCCAACCUAAACGACUACCACACCUAUGCCGUUUAUAAAAAUACCUGCAGGACGCUCUUUGAACGACACAAACUGCUGUUUUCGUUUCACAUGUGUAUCAAAAUUUUAGAAGCCCAAGAGAAGAUUAUGGUCAACGAAUACAAUUUUCUGCUUAAAGGUGGUGUGGUACUAGAUAGAGAAAAUCAACCGGAUAAUCCAUGCACAUGGUUAAAUGAAGAAAGUUGGGAUAAUAUCACCGAAUUGGAUAAACUUCCAGGAUUUCAUGGCACCGUCGCCUCCUUCGAGCAGUUCACAAAAGACUGGCGUGAGUGGUAUAUCAACACUGAGCCGGAAACUUUACCUCUGAUUGGGGAAUGGGAUGAUAUAUGCGACGAGUUUCAGAAAAUGCUAUUCGUUCGCUGCAUCCGUCAGGAUCGCAUAUCGUUCUGCACGUCGAAUUUCAUAAUCAACCAAUUGGGGCCUAAAUUCGUGGAACCUCCGGUGUUAGAUGUUAAGGCCGUUUUCGAAGAGUCCCUACCUCAAACCCCUCUAAUAUUUGUACUGUCGCCUGGAGUUGACCCGACCAACGCCCUUAUUACUCUCGCGGAUAGCAUGAGUAUGAAUGAACAUUUUCAGUCGCUUUCUUUGGGUCAAGGACAAGCUCCAAUUGCGACAAGGAUGAUCGCUACCGGUACUAAAACUGGUGACUGGGUGUUUUUGGCAAACUGCCACCUGUCCCUAAGUUGGAUGCCAAAGUUGGACAAAAUAGUGGAAAAUCUUCAAACGACAAAGGUUCAUCCCAAUUUUCGACUAUGGCUCAGCUCAAGUCCGCACCCGGACUUCCCUCUCUCCAUUCUGCAAGCGGGUAUCAAAAUGACCACCGAACCUCCCAAGGGAAUCAAGGCGAAUCUUAAAAGACUCUACCAAAUUAUCACCGAAGACCAGUUCAACUUAUGCCAAGCUCGCGAAAAGUACAAACGGUUACUAUUUUCACUUUGCUUUUUCCACGCCAUACUCCUAGAACGCAAGAAGUUCCAACAACUGGGUUGGAAUGUCAUUUACAGCUUCAACGAUGCUGACUUUGAGGUAUCCGAGAAUUUGUUGUCAAUCUAUUUAGAUGAGUACCCAGUAACUCCCUGGGAUGCCUUAAAGUAUUUAAUUGCCGGUGUCAAUUACGGAGGGCAUGUCACUGACGACUGGGACAGAAGACUUCUUCUCACUUAUAUCAACCAGUUCUUUUGCGAAGAGGCGCUCACUAACCCCUACCACAGAUUAUCAUCGUUGCCAACGUACUACAUUCCACGGGAUGGGUCCUUGGAGUCUUACCUUAACUACGUAAAUGUUUUACCCAACACCGACCGACCUGAAACAUUUGGCCAACAUCCUAAUGCAGAUAUAGCCUCCCUCAACUCGGAGACUCGGUCGAUGUGCGAAACUUUAAUGUCCCUGCAAAUUCAAACGAGUAGCGGUACCGCAGAAUUAAAGGAAGAAAAAGUUUCCCAAAUGGCCGCAGAUGUUUUAUGUAAAAUACCGUCACCCAUCGACUACGAGACUACGGACAAACUAAUUGGCGCUCAUAAGACACCUUUGGAUGUUGUACUUCUUCAAGAAAUCCAAAGGUACAACGCCCUAUUAAUAGGCAUACGCGUCUCCUUAAACGAUUUGCAGAAGGGCAUAAAAGGCUUGGUGGUGAUGUCAUCAGAGUUGGAAGAUAUUUUCGUGUGUAUUGACGAAGGACGGGUCCCUUCACCUUGGUUAAAAACUUAUCCAUCACUGAAACUUUUGGGAUCAUGGACCAGAGAUUUGGUCUUACGAGUGGAUCACUUCUCACAAUGGGCCGAAACAAUUAAACCCCCUAUGUUCUUCUGGUUGUCUGCUUAUACUUUUCCUACGGGAUUUCUAACUGCCUGUUUACAAGCAGCGGCACGCACUAUGGAGGUGCCCAUCGAUAUGUUAGGGUGGGAGUUUACAGUUCAAACCGUCGAAGAGUACGCCAUCGUUGAGAAACCCUCAUCGGGUGUGUACAUCAAGGGCUUGUACUUGGAAGGAGGAGGUUGGGAUAAAAAAACCUCAACCCUCAUAGAACCCCAACCUAUGCAAUUGGUUUGCGCAAUGCCUUUAAUCCAUUUCAAGCCGACGGAGCAGCUUAAAAAGAGAACCAGAGGCCUUUACCAAUGUCCGGCAUAUUACUAUCCAAUCCGAACUGGAAUGCAGGGCUGGCCGGCGUUCAUUGUAGCUGUCGAUUUGAAAUGUAGCAGCGAAGGAUCGCACUACUGGGUCAAAAGAGCUCUCACCAUGAAACCGCGGCAACGCAAGCUAGAGCCCUCCUUCAGCUAAUGGCCGACUUCAUCGUGCUCAUCUUCCAUGUACUUUGGCUAGUGAUCCUUGGCACUUACCGACUAUUUUCACCGGGCCCAAAGAAAUCCGUCCAAGGAGAGAAAGUUUUGAUUACGGGAGCCGGACAUGGAAUCGGCAGAGAACUUGCAUUGCAAUACGCAUCUCUCGGUGCUAUUGUGAUUGGGUGGGAUGUUAACGGUGCAAUUUUAAACGAGACGAUUGAAGAAAUCGCAAAGAUGAAUGAAUUAUCCAAAGG